GUCGACGAGGCAGCUCCACCUUCUCGUCUACCUCACGGUCCAGUUCGCAGUAUUCGGGCUGCUGGAGAGGGCGUCGCCACCGCUGGACGCUGGCACUACGAAGCUCCUCCUUUGCCCGACGCUGGUCGUGGAUCCGCCGACUGGCGUUGUCUACAGCUUCCUGCGCAAGAUCUCCACAGCACCAUUCAAGAUGCUUUCUUUUGCGGAAGAGGGACCGGCGCCGACGAGCACCACCAAAGAUGCACCCCAGGGCAGCGCCGUCAGAAGUGCUUCUGCACCGGUGCAUGCGGACGAGGAGGGAUCCCCCGAGGCACCGACGCCGGUCCGGCUGAAGAGCGCGCCUCUGCAGGAGGGGGCGGCGGUGGCCGAGGAUCAGGUCUCAGACCACUCGCAAUCCGAGGGCGGCAGCGCUUCGCCAGCUGUACCCGAGAAGCUCGAGGAGGAGAUGUCUGAAGGCUCUCUGCAAGGGGACCCGCUGCAGCCGCAGAUUGCGCAAGCUUUCCAGGCCUCCGAGCUCGAGUUGUUGCUCAAAGCGCUGGUGAUGCCCUGGAGGGAGGCGAGUCAGGCAUCCAUUCCAUCCCCAAGGCAGGAUUCUGGAGGAGGGGGUGAUGCUGGUGCGGGAGGGAGCGAGCAUGCUGGUGUAGGUGAUGAUGGCUUUCAGGCUUCGUCGGCCACUGCACAGCUCUUCCUCAGCUACCUCUCCGCCCUCUUCCUAGCGCUGCGAAGCGGCGUGUCCAGCGCAGCAAAGUCAGGAAAGGACCAGGACCUCCCUGUAUGGGCAGAGCCGCCCUCCAUGCCCAACAUUGCUGCUCCACAAGCCCUACUGCUUCCGCGCCGCUCUCUCUCCCUGAAUGUCCUCGACGGCUACGACACCCUCAAGGUUGCCUUGAGGCUGCUACUGGCCACGGUGGGGCAGCAGGAGGCUAGUCAAAAGCUGAUGGAGGUCCCAGCCGUGCAGGAGCUGAGCAUCUGCACGCAUGUCGGACUGUACCACACGAUCCGACGGCGAGAUCUCAGCGAGCGCACGCUGAAACUGACCAUUGCAGCCAUCUUCCAGGUGGGUGCAACCUUCUUGACCUUGACAGCUGAUGGAGGUCCGGUGGUCUCCGCUGGCUGGCCCGUUCGGCUGAUCGAGGCACUCCUGGCGCGCAGCGACGCUGAGCCCCAGCUCCUGGUGCCCAGCGCUCGGCUCUGCGUGGAGGCCGUUCGGAACUUCGUGAUCGAGACUUCCAGCCAUCGAAGCCUAUGCCUCCCUGACCUGUGGCGGGCGCUGCUGCAACUACUGUUGCGCGCCGCUCCCACCUCCUCCAGGGCGCUGUGGCCCAGUGCCAAGGACAAGGAGGUGGAGACGGUGCAGCUCCUGGUUUGGCGGAGAGGACUAGUUUGGCUUCUUGCCCAUCCGCAGCUUCACGACGGAGACGCGGCGGGUGAGGAGGGUGCAGGCAGCCCCAGCGACUCCGAAGCCAACUCUUUCUGGGGGUGGGUGCUCUCCGAGCUGACGACUUUGGCGCAGGAGAUGGCUGGGAAUCGUGGGGCCGGCUCCAUCCGGCUGCUUCUCUACGCCUACAGGACGCUCCUGCGCAAUCUCGCCCGCCCGCAGACUGCGGCGGAGUACGCGCGGGAUGAGCCGAACGAUCUCCAGGAGGACUGCUCUGGCGAUGCUGCGGCUGUCACGGGCGCGAGCCCUUGUGCUAAUGACCAGGACCUGGAUCGGGCCGCGAAAGCCGCGGCCUGGUCCCGGGUCGCCGUUGCCAUGGUAAACUUUGUUGGGCCCGCCGUCGGCCGGCCCAACACCGAAGAACCGGACCUCCAGGUACUGCCGCUUUUGAAGCAGUCGCUUCUGCACGCCCGUGUUCCGUCGCUCCUAGCUGCCGGCAACCAUGGGCCUUUCUGGGCGAGGUCCGUGCUGGAAAAGCUCGUGUCUGUUCUGACGGGUCCUGUUACAUCAGGGGCACCCUUGACAGUUGUCCGAGAGGCCGUCUCGCUUGUGUCCAAGUUCUUCCUCCAGAAUCUGCAGACGCUACAGAGGCACGAAAGCUUCGGGCAGCUGUGGCUGAUGGUUCUGAGACUGAUGCUUCAGUUUAUAAAGCGUGGUUCCGACGACCGCGAUGCAGAGUUGGAGGAAGUGUCCACUGAGACCCUGAAGAACCUCCUGGGCGUCCUUGUCAGCACGAAUGUUCUGGGCUUCGUCUCGCCUAAGGCGGCGCAGCCAAACGACACGGCCUCUCGGCCGGUGUGGUGGCAGAUGACCUGGGAUUGCAUCGAGGUGUUCAUCCCAGGAUUUGGCGAGGACUUCAGCAGGUCUGUGCUGGGCACUUCGACUGCAGAGGUUCAGCCACCUGGGCAGGACGCCUGA